AUGCAGGUGCUCCAGAUGGGUUUUAACCGGAUGCGGAACCUGACGGAGGCGAUGCUGCGGGGCCUGGGCAAGCUCCAGUACCUCUACCUGCAGGCCAACCUCAUCGAGUCGGUCAGCGCCAACGCCUUCUGGGAGUGCCAGGACCUGGAGAACGUGGACCUGUCCAUGAACCGCCUCGCGGCGCUGGACGGCGCCACCUUCGCCAGCCUGCCCAAGCUCACCACCUGCGAGCUCUACGCCAACCCGUUCGGCUGCACGUGCGAGCUCCUGGGCUUCCUGCGUUGGCUCGCCAGCUUCCCCAACCGCACGCGCGAGCGCAUGACCUGCGACUCCCCGCCCGGCUUCCAGGGCUACAGCCUGCUCAGCCAGAACCCGCGCCUGCCCGCCUACCGCAACGCCCUGCACGCCCUCAAGACCGUCUGCACCGACGACGACGACCACCCGCGCGGAGGAGGAGGCGGAGGAGGAGGAGGAGGAGGGCCCACCACCUACCUGUUUGGAGCCGCGGAGGUCGGGGGCGGCGGGACUCCCGGCGGAGGCGGCGGCCGCUCGCGAUGCGGCGUGCUGGAGGAGUGCGCCUCGGGGUCCCCGCCCACCCCAGAGGAGCCAAUCAGCACGAGCCGCGUGCACCUGGGGGCGGGUCCGGUCUCGGGGUCCCGCCCCGUGAUCCGUCUGAAGGACCUGAGCACCACCCUGCAGGGCCACACGGCGGUGGUGUCGGUGCACAUCCCCGACCCGUUCCGCAAGAUGUACGUGCUGGUGCAGUACAACAACAGCUUCUACACGGACAUCCAGCCGCUCAAGCUGCCGCGCGAGGAGCUGGAGCUGUCGCGCCUGCGGCCGCACACGGAGUACACCUACUGCGUGGUGUCGGUGCGCAACGCCCUGCGCUUCAACGAGACGUGCCUGGCCAUCCCCACGGGGCCGCGGGCCGUGCGCGAGCGGCCGCCCGGCGAGUCGAGGGCCACGCACUACAUCAUGACGCUGCUGGGCACGCUCUUCGGCAUGCUGCUGGCGCUCGGCGCCGCCUGGCACUGCGUGAGGAAGAGGCGGAGGGACGAGGAGCGCAGCCGCAAGCUGAGCCAGAUGAAGAGGAGCCUGAUGGAGCUGAGGUACGGCGGCGGGGGGCAGGUCGAGGGCGGCGGGGGCGGGGGCGGGGGAGAGGGGGGUCGCUGCACAGGAUGCCACCCAUGGAGGCGUAUCAGCUGCAGCUGCAGGAGGUGGAGGACACCCCCGCCAGGAGCUCUGGCGCCCCCAAGGGGAACUACAUGGAGGUGCGGGGAGGAGCCCAUCCCGGCCUCUCAGCUGCGCGACCCGGACGACCAGGAGCGUGGGGACCGCAACAUGGACCGCGACUCCGCGGACGACGCCGCGCAGGGUUCCGUGGCCGAGAUCUCCACCAUCGCCAAGGAGGUGGACAAGGUCAACCAGAUCAUCACCAACUGCAUCGACGCGCUCAAGUCCGAAUCCACGUCCUUCGCGGGGGCGCCGCCGCCCGGGGUCGUCUCCAUGGCGACCGGCGGUGACCCCCAGCUGGUGAUGUCGUCGUCGGCGGAGCGACGCUGCUCGCCGUCCUCCCUCGGCGGCGGCCGAGGCGGAAGCUUCCUGUCUCCCGCCUACAAGGGGCGUGGCUCCGGCUCCCGGCCCGCCCUCCAGCGUCACCACAGCGUGGAGGCUCCGCCCAUCAAGCGAGGCUCCGCCUCCUCCGGCGGGUCCCUGCGCUCGCCCCGCUCCCUGCGCUCCGUCUCCACGGUGACCCCCGCCGCCGUCAUCCUGCGCGCCGAGGCCGAGCGAGCCGCCGCCCGCCAGCAGCAGCAUCAGAGCGAGCACCACCGCCACUCCUACCCCCCCCACUCGCCCCCCCUGGGCACCCCCCGUGGAGGCCCCCAGAUGCCCCUGGACCCCUCCCAGCGCCGCCCGCCCCUGCUGGAGCCCCUGGCCCUGGCCCGGCAGCGGGAGCUGUCCUACACGCAGCUGUCCCCCGAGGACUACCAGGAGUACCAGGACUACCCAGAGGGGGGCAGCAGCGAGGCCUCCAGCCCCGAGAUGUCCUGCGGCGGGGGGGCUCUGGGCCUCUGGGAGCGCUUCCGCUUCCACCGCAAGCGCCCGCGUCACCAGGGAGACGAGUACCUGGCCGCGGGCCACGCGCUCCGACGCAAGGUGCAGUUCGCCCGCGACGAGGACCUGCACGACAUCCUGGACUACUGGAAGGGUGUGUCCGCCCAGCAGAAGACCUGAAGACACACACACACA